UAGCAGUAGCUAGCUAACCUAGUCAAGAUAUUGCUAAUCAGAUGUUUCCUUGUGUUUUUGUACAGCAAUGGACAUUUUUGUGAAACAAAAACUCACCAACUGGAAUCUUGAGUGCCUCGUUGAAAAAUUUGCAGAUACCAAAGGCACCAUGGCACUGAAAAUUUUACCUCAGAUCAUUCCACCAUCAGUGUACAAGAUUGGUAACAAAACCUUCCGGCCAACUAUUGAGGAAGCCAGAACCUCUUUCAUUGAUGUACAACCAUCUGGAACCAACAUGGUGCAGUACCUACUAAAACAGAGGGAGGAGAAGCCCUUCCCAUUUGUUUUAGAACUUGGAGUUGGUGGACAGUUUUUUGUGGUGGUGAAUGGGGAAGCCCUAGAAGAGCAGACUCUCCUCAAGGCAGUAGAUGUUUGUUUUAAGUCCUUUUUUUGCUUUGACACCCACUUUCCAAAACAGUGUGCCCUUGCCUGGGAGUUUUUGCAGCAGGUAGUUUAUGAGAUGCCUGGUUCCGAAAAUUCAACAAUUCGCUUUUUGCGUGCCUCCAUUUAUGCUGCUGAGGCUAAAUUGUUUAUUAAACUAACUAAUGCAGGAGAGGCAGCAGCUUCUAAGCUUGAUUCUGUUCCACUCGCUGACAACACAGUGGGUCGGCGCAUCUCUGACAUGGCACAGGAUGUGAAGGAGCAAGUGUUAGACAGCAUCAGGCACAGCCCAUUUUUUGCACUCCAGAUCGACGAAUCCACCGAUGUGGCCAUCUGCUCACAGCUGUUAACAUAUUCUACUUCCUUCCGCCCACCUAUUAAUCAGGAACAGGUUAACACUCUGUUAACAGGGGGUGAAUGCUGGGUCACGUUUAGCAGUGGAGCAGCUGCAAUGGGAGUGAAUGAACACAGCACGUCUAAGUUUGACCGCUUCAGCAGGAGCUGUCGAAUUCCCUGCUUGGAUGUUACAGCAAAUAGUUUCCCAUCAUCAGAGGUGCCUCAGCAAAUAUCUGCCCUUCAAGAAAGCUAG